GGGAAUCAUGUUGCCAUGUUUAAAUAUGCGGAAGGUGACAGCAGUCAGUAGUCCUGAGCUCACUCGCGUCACCUGUGUGUGUUUGGCAGUGUGUGUGUUUGUGUGGGCGUGUCUGUAUGUGUGUUUCUCAGCGAGAUCACAAAGGAGACGUUUCAUGAUGUCGUCACAAAUAAAAGCCAACCGUCCUCACAGGUUUUGUGUUUGGUCUUUCCCCUCAGGUGACAACAUGGAACUUCACAACGAGGAAACGGUCUCCGGAGAGAUUCUGCCUGUGGUGAUCAUCGGUAACGGCCCCUCAGGGAUCUGCCUGUCAUACCUGCUGUCGGGCUACACCCCCUACCUGUCGCCCGGGGCGUUGCACCCCAACCCGCUGCUGCACAGCAAGCUGGCCGAGCAGCCCGGCCUCUCGCUGCUGGAGCAGGACCUGGAGUACCUGUGCGAGGGUCUGCAGGGGCGCUCGUCCAAUCCGGUCGCCGUGCUCUUCGACUCGCUGCUGCUGCCCGACGGCGACUUCGGCCUGGACCGUACGUCCCCGCUGGAGUGGCGGUACGAGCCCGAGAGAGCCGUGACGCACCUGGUGCUGGGCAAGGGGCCCCCCGGUGGAGCCUGGCACGCCAUGGAGGGCUCCAUGCUAACGCUAAGCCUCGCUAACUGGAUGGAACUACCUGGACUCAAAUUGAAGGACUGGAUGAAAGACAAGAGACGAAACGUAUGCAACGACCGCGCCACGCCGGCCGAGAUCGCCUCCUACUACCAGCACUACGUGACCCAAAUGUCCCUGGGGCAGAACUUCGCCUGCGGGACCACCGUCACCUCGGUCACCUGGCGGCCGGCCGAUCGCCGCGGAUACUGGAGGGUCGAGGGGCUGCAGUGCCGAGAGGGCGGGGACCUUGGAGACGUUUCCCCCGUGGAGCAGGUGCCCUUCUCCCUGUUGGCCCGCAACGUGGUGUUGGCGACGGGCACCCACGACAUCCCGGCCCGUCUGGGCGUGGAGGGCGAGUCGCUGCCCUACGUGUGCCACUCCUUCUGGGAGCUGGAGGGCGCCAUCUCGCGCGGCGAGCUGGACGAGUCGUCGGACCCGGUGCUGGUGGUGGGCGCCGGGCUGACGGCCGCCGACGCCGUGCUGGCGGCCCACCACCUCAACGCGCCCGUCUACCACGCCUUCCGCCGUGCCGUCGCCGACCCGGGGCUCAUCUUCAACCAAAUGCCCAAGAUGCUCUACCCAGAGUACCACAAGGUUCACCAGAUGAUGAUGCAGCAGCAGCACCAACCCUCGUCCCCUCUGGACUCGUCUUCCUCGCCUCCCCCCUUCUCCACCUCUUCCUCAUCCUACAGCGGCUACCACAGCUUCCCGCGCCACCGCGUGGUAUCCUUCCGGCCGGACCGCAAAUGCGUCCUCCAGUCGGACUCGGGCCGGCGUACCGUGGUCCAAGUAUCCAAGGCGCUGGUGCUGAUCGGCGCCCACCCCAACCUCUCCUUCCUGCCCGAGCGGGGCCGCCCUCUGGGCGUUAUCCCGGACGAGGCCGUCACCUGCCGGAGGAACCCCAUCGACGCGGACCCCUUCACCAACCGGGUGGUGGCGGCCGAGGGGCCCGGCAUGUACGCCAUGGGCCCGCUGGUGGGGGAGAACUUUGUGCGCUUCCUGAAGGGCGGCGCCUUGGCCAUAGCCAGCGAUAUCGCCAAGGGACAGAGGGAGGGCGGCGGGGGAGCGCCGGGGUCCUUGGACGGACUCGCGGACAAGUGGGUGGACCGACAGGCCGACAUGCAGACCCUCGCCCGGGUGGCGCGAUCGUAGCCGCUGGAGAAAUGAAGGUGGAAGAACCUUCGUCAUAGUGCAAUUGGACUUAAGUUAAAAAAAAAAAAAAAAAAAAAGGCAUUUUUUAAUUUAUUAUUAUUUUAUGUUGAUAGCAGUGGUUCUCAAACUGAGGUCCGUGAGCCAUAACCUGGGUUUCCGCAAACUCAUUUGAAAUGCAAUAAUCAAUUUCCAUGUUUGCGAUUCGCUCCUCGCAAAUUUGCUGUUUUUGCGGGAACCUACCCUCCGCUUCGUAACACCAAAGUAGGGGAGUUUGUCAAGUGAAUAGCAAAGGAUAGGUCGCCCCAAAAAAGAAAUCUGCGACGAGGCCAAAGAGACCGGCAGGCCCAAAACAACGAACUAAAUUAUAUAAUAAUGAAGAAAAAAGCAAUUACUCCUCCCAACCUUAACUGUGGACCACCAAAGAUCAGAUAUGAUUGUGUCCGAUCACAUCCCAGCAUGAAAAGUCAUUUUUGUUUUGUUUUCGAGACCAUAGUCAUCUUUUUUAAGAGAAUACAAGCGUCUUUCCCCGUGUUAAGCUGCGUAAUAUCAAAAGAAGAAAAUUAUAUAUUUGAAAUUGUUCAAAUGUGACUUUUGUGUCCUGUUAAACUGUCUUGGGGAAAAGACGUCUUUAUUGUCAUAGGGCGAAUACUUGAUUGUUGUAAACGAAGAUGCCCCGUCCGCCCCUCCCCCCUAAAGAAAUCGGCUACUUUUUAAUUUGUAUGGCGUUUGGGGCUAUUCUUUGUAGUUGUUCCUGGACCCAAAAAGUUUGAGAACCUGUUUUCUGUCAGGUACUGAAGAUCGUCAUCGCUUGUCCUGGGGUUUUUUUUUUUUUUUUUUUUUUUUUUUUUAAAUUAAUGAAUUAUUUAUUUAUUUAUUGGUCCAGCUAAAGUUGGCUUGCUGGGGUUGCAGAGACCAGUUGGUGCGCUUGCGUGUACCGCUUUAAGAACGAACCUCUUCCUGAUAUGGGCGCCACGCGGCUACAUUUGGAUCACAUGACCAAAACAAUUUGUGGCACGCCAAUCUGAAACAUCCCAAAGUUAUUUUUUUAAUAUAUACGUUUAAUCUUACUGUCUUUUUGUGGAUACAAAAAAAAAAAACCCAAGAUUCCUCACAAGACCAAAGCCAUGAUUUGACACUGUAAUGACUCGUUACUGUUUGCGUUGUUCGUAUGACACCAAUGACACUGUUCGCGUUACACGUCCUCUAUUCAUGGAUUCAUUGACAUGCUAUAAUAUAUCAUAUACAAUGUACAGCGUUGGGAUACAUUGAAAAACAUAGACUGUAUUUUUACAAUGACAUUUUCAGGUCUUUUUCUUCCUUCCUACCUUCCUUCCCUCGGUUGCUUUUGCCAUUUGCUCUUCUUCAUGCAUCCUUGCUUCCAUCCUUCGUUCCCUGAAACCUUUUCUGCCUUCCUUGCUCGCAUCCUGCCUGUGUGCCUUCCUUCCUAUAGUCAUCACGCUUGCUUUAUUCAUGCGUCUUUCUGCCAUUUUAAAGUCACUCUUCUACAUUCCUUCCUUCCCUCGGUUAUUCUUGCAUCCUGUUCUUGAACAGGAACCUUCUCCUCUGCCUUCCUUCCUUUGUUCCUAUCUUCCCUCCUUCCUUUCUGACCUCUUACCCUCCGUCUCGCUUUUUUCCGUGGCAGUCUUUUCCUUCCUGACCACCUUGCUUCCUUCCCUCAGAGCCACUUGUAUUUUGCAUCCUUCCUUCCUUUGCUUCAAAACUACUUUUCGAUCUCCCUGGAAUCCACUUUGUUUGUUCCUGUGUACAUGUACAGAUACUGUAGAGGUCAAGGAAACAUUUUGAAAACUAUCAAUGAAAACUUUUUGAAAGUAAAGUUGAUCAAUUCCUCAAAGAGAAGUGCUGUUAAGUUUUGAACCGAGUGCCCUGUAAAGGUUUACGUGUAUUUUUUAAAUGCCUUUCUUGAAGCAUUUUCAUGUUCAAAAAAAAAUAAAAAAUAAAAUAAAAUGGAUUUAAA